AUGUCCGUCGCUUCCGCACUGCCACUCUUGUCGCCUCUCGUGACGAGAAUCCUCCAGCUCUCCGGGUUCCCUCCGCAGCUCAAGACCCGCGACCUGCAGCAAGUCUUCUCCGCCUACGAGGAAGAAAAGGGCGGCUACAAGAUCAAGUGGGUGGACGACACCACUGCGCUCAUCAUCUUUGCCGACCCCGCCGUAGCCAAAAAGGCCUAUCUGCGCACCAUCAUGGCUCCUGCGCACCAGCUCAUCAACGACAACGGCAUCCCAGCCAAGAUCAAGCCCUAUGACGGCGACGAUGCGAGUGCCAUCAUCUCCUCCGUUCUCAACCGCCAACGCUCCCGUUCCAACGGCGGUAUCCUCAGCAGUCCCACGAAGCAGCAUGCCGAACUGGCAGCGCCCGCCACACCCGAAGCUAGUCCUGCAAAGCCUUUGCGGGGACACGCGCACACCCCUUCCUUCGGCCGCACCCCAGGCGGCGGUCACCGUCGCCAACAGAGCGGCUCCAUCUCCAGCCUGCCACCCAAACCCGUCGCCGCUGCGCUGUUCGAUGCGGCCAACGGCGGUCCCUCCCCCGCCAACCGCGUGCUCGCUGGCGUCGACACGCUCAGCGGCAUUGCCGGUCUCCCCGCCAACCCCGUCAUCGCAGCUCGAAUGGCCGAGUCCCCCAGCAAGUCGCCCAGCAAGAUGUCGCGCGACUCCAGCCGCACUUCGGACACGGGUCUCGAGUCGGAUCUGACGAGUUUGACGCUGGGUAACAUUACCAACAGCAAGAACGGCAACCUGUUCAAGAGUGCCACGGGCGAAGGGCUGCUCUCGGCACCGACGAUCUCAGGUGGUGUAGGAAAGCGUUUUAGUCCCAGCAGCACGCCGUCCAGGCAAUCGCCGCUGCCACGACCGCCGUCCGGAGCCACAUCGCCCUCAGGGGUCAGUCCGGCGGCUGCGACCGUUGGGUGA